UGUCAGUAUCAAAGCGAAUUCUCAGUGAGUUAGUCGUGUUCUAAUAUUUUAUUAAGUACACUGUGGUCGUGAGUGUUACUCCAUCAUGGGUGGCCGUGAAGUAAACAAAGAUUUACAAAAAGAAAGACAGAAAUGUACAUUUGACAUAGCGGAGAUGACGACGAUUUUUUAUGGAGGGCCGCAGAAAAACUUUAACCGGAAAAAAAGAGAUAGUGUGAUGUUGAUUGGUGCAGAAGAAUUCAGCAAAGAUAUACCAGACGAUUAUUUGAGUCAUAAGGAACUUUACGAGGAUGGUAUAAAGAAAUCAGUGGCCAUAUUUAGUUUGGUACGACAAAUGCAGAGGGAGGGAUUUACUAGUAUAAGUGAUUAUAGAGAUGCACUCUCAGGCUUAUUGGGUUCCGCUGUGCUUCGUGAUGGGUCCGCUAUAGCUUUACAUUACCUAAUGUUCAUACCAGCAAUAAUGAACCAAGGCAACGAGGAGCAGCAAACUCAAUGGUUACCGCGAGCUUGGGACUUCAACAUUCUUGGCAGUUAUGCGCAAACCGAGUUAGGACAUGGUACGUUUAUUAGAGGCCUGGAAACGACCGCAACCUACGAUCCAGCUACAAAGGAGUUCAUAUUGAAUACUCCCACCUUUAGUUCUUAUAAAUGGUGGGCUGGUGGAUUGGGUCAAACAGUGAAUUAUUGCAUUGUGGUAGCACAGUUGCACACGAAAGGUGAAUGCCACGGUAUCCACUCAUUCAUAGUCCAAGUGAGGGACGAGGAAACUCAUUUACCCCUACCCGGCGUCAAGAUCGGCGAGAUUGGACCAAAACUGGGACUCAACGCUGUAAAUAAUGGAUUCUUGGGGUUGAAUAAUGUCAGAAUACCAAGAACUCAGAUGCUCAUGAAACAUGCACAGGUUUUAGAGGAUGGCACAUACGUGAAGUCCAGAAAUAGCAAGUUGAAUUACGGCGCCAUGGUGUUUGUAAGAGUAGUUAUUGUCUUUGAUAUGAUAAACUACUUAAUUAGGGCUAUAACAAUAGCUGUACGCUAUUCCGCUGUCCGCAGGCAGUCACAAUUAAAAGAAGGUGAACCAGAAGUACAAAUAUUGGAUUAUAUAAUGCAACGGCAUAGACUAUUUAUUGGGAUAGCAGCGAGCCACGCGUACAGGAUAAUUGGUAGUAAAUUAUGGGACACAUUUCACGAUGUUCAGGAGCAGCUUGUUGGUGGAAACUUGGAUCGGUUGCCGGAGUUACAUGCACUGGCGUGUUGCCUGAAAGCUGUAUGUACUUCUGAUAUUACGGCAAUCGUCGAAAACUGCCGCAGGGCGUGCGGUGGCCACGGAUACAUGAGGUCUUCGAAUCUGCCCACGCUGUACGGUAUGGUUACCGCCGCUUGCACUUAUGAGGGAGAAAAUAAUGUGCUGUUACUGCAAACUGCCAGGUUUUUGGUCAAGACUUGGCAACAAAUAGACAAACAGGAGUUAACUCCAACCGUGUCUUAUUUGAAAACUGCAAACGUCUUUGCUGACAAAUGGGUGAAUAGUGUGGAUGGAAUCAUUCAUGGCCUUCAGGUAGUGGCUGCGGGUAAAAUAAAGUCAUGUGUGGAAAAUAUGAAGAAGCGCCUGGACUCAGGCAUGUGUUAUGAAGAUGCAUGGAACACGACAUCUGUGCAAUUAGUUGCUGCGGCUGAGGCACAUUGUCGAGUGAUCAUCAUUUCCACCUUCCACGAGGAGGUAUCAAGACUGUUGCCAACAGUAUCAGAGCUACUGCGGCCAGUGCUCGAGCAAUUGGUGGAAUUGUACGCCGUUUAUUGGGCUUUGGAAAAAUUGAGUGAUUUACUUUUGUAUACGGCAAUAGAAAAAAAAGACGUGGAAAGUCUUCAAUAUUGGUACGAAGAGUUGCUGAGGGAAAUUCGACCUAAUGCCGUUGGGCUAGUGGAUGCUUUUGACAUACCAGACAUUAUGCUGAACUCCACACUGGGCGCGUACGACGGGCGCGUGUACGAGCGCCUGAUGGAGGAGGCCCUCAAGAGCCCCCUCAACGCGGAGCCCGUCAACAGCUCCUUCCACAAGCACCUCAAGCCGUUCAUGCAGGGGAAACUGUGAUUUGAAAUUUCUAUGAUGAAGGCGGCUUAGAAACUCUUGAUGCCAGAGGGAGUCAUCCCGACAGGGGAAUUAACUAAUGUUCCACUAAUUCUAAUACUUAUUUUUACAAAAUCACCCGAAAUUAAAUACCUGUACAAUGACGGACCGAAAAGGAAUAGGAAUCCGAAACCUCAAAAAAAAAAAAACAGAUAAAAAUGAGUAAGUUUGGUACUGAACAAUUUUCCUCGAGGAUAUUUAGGGUUGCCCUUAGUCUGUCUGGCAUACUUGAGCAUAUUUUGAUGGCGCCCUCUU